CGCAAAAAAGGAGCAUAAUGUAGCGGUACGAGUAUCGGACUCGCUUCACAUCAAUCCGGCCAUCAGAAGUCCCCCACUCUCUUUAUAUGUACGCGGUGAGUCUGGUCUGGGGGAUGGGUGCAGUAAGGGCUGGUUGCAGAGACGACUAACGCUUGAAAAAUGUCCAACAUCCUCGAUGCGGCGUCCAAAGUGAGAUGGGACCGCACCGCUGCGGCGAAGCGAGCCGUGUUUCUUGCGGUUGCUGCUUACGGUGUGAAAACGCUGUACCCCGUCAUCUGCAAGCAGCUCUGCAAAAGCAAAGAUCAUGGGAGUAAUCGGCGGGGUUCAAAGGCGGAGAACGGCUCCACUUGCACGGGGAAGACUCCGAUAGAUGCCGUGAUUGAUAGGAAAGCAUCCCCGGGGGUAAAUGCAGAUUUUUUCAAGCAGAUCCUGGAACUUGGUAAAAUCCUUUUUCCCAAGCUUGUUUCCAGAGAGCUCGCUUUGCUCUCCUUGCACUCAGUGGCGUUGAUAUCUAGGACGUUUCUGUCUAUUUACGUGGCAAGCUUGGACGGGAAGAUCGUCAAAACGAUCGUGGAGAAAAAACCCAAACGCUUCAUCAUCCAGCUGGUCAAAUGGCUCCUCAUUGCCAUCCCGGCCACGUUCGUCAACAGCGCCAUUCGGUACCUGGAAUGCAAACUGGCUCUGGCCUUCCGCACCCGGCUCGUGAACCAUGCAUAUCAGACCUACUUCACCGAUCAGACCUACUACAAAGUCAGCAACAUGGACGGGAGGCUCGCCAACCCGGACCAAUCUCUCACCGAGGAUGUGAUGAUGUUCUCCCAGUCUGUCGCCCAUCUCUACUCUAACCUCACCAAGCCUAUCCUGGAUGUGAUGCUGACCUCCUACACGCUGAUUCAGACCGCGAGGUCCAGGGGAGCCAACGCCUCCGGGCCGACCCUGCUGGCCGGGCUCGUGGUGUUUGCCACGGCUAAAGUCCUGCGUGCAUGCUCGCCCAAAUUUGGCAAGCUGGUGGCCGAAGAGGCGCACAGGAAGGGCUACCUGCGCUAUGUGCACUCUAGGAUCAUUGCUAACGCAGAGGAAAUAGCAUUCUACAGAGGACACAAGGUGGAGAUGUGUCAGCUGCAGAAGUGCUACCGGGCUCUGGCAGACCAGAUGAACCUGAUCCUGUCCAAACGUCUCUGGUACAUCAUGAUCGAGCAGUUCCUGAUGAAGUACGUGUGGAGUGGUGCUGGGCUCGUCAUGGUGGCUGUGCCCAUCAUCACAGCCACCGGCUUCGCUGACAGCGAAACAGCAGAUGGUCAGACUCAGGUGAUGGUGAGUGAGAGGACGGAGGCGUUCACUACUGCCCGGAACCUCUUGGCCUCGGGAGCCGACGCCAUCGAGAGGAUCAUGUCCUCCUACAAAGAGGUCACGGAGCUGGCAGGCUACACUGCGAGGGUCCACAACAUGUUUUUGGUGUUCGAGGACGUCCAGAAGGGCAUUUACAAGCGCUCUUCUGUAUCAGCCACAACGGGAACAGAGAAGAAGAGCAAGCCUGAGAUGCACAUAGAUGGACCUCUGGAAAUAAAGGGGGAAGUGAUUGAUGUGGACAAAGGUAUCGUGUGUGAAAACGUCCCAAUUAUCACACCAAAUGGAGACGUCGUUGUGUCUUGCCUGAACUUUAAGGUUGAAGAGGGCAUGCACCUUCUGAUCACAGGGCCUAAUGGCUGUGGGAAAAGCUCUCUGUUCAGGAUCCUCGGCGGCUUGUGGCCCGUCUACGGGGGCCGCCUACACAAGCCCUCCCCUCAGCAUAUGUUCUACAUUCCUCAGAGGCCAUACAUGUCAAUAGGUUCACUGCGGGACCAGGUGAUCUACCCGGACUCGGUGGUGGACAUGGCUGCCAGAGGCAUGAGUGACAAGGACCUGGAGGCCAUCCUGGCCAUAGUCAACCUCAAUCACAUUGUCACCAGAGAGGGAGGCUGGGAUGCUGAGCUGGACUGGAAGGAUGUGCUGUCAGGAGGUGAGAAGCAGAGGAUGGGCAUGGCCCGCAUGUUCUACCACAAGCCUAAAUAUGCCCUGUUGGAUGAGUGCACCAGCGCUGUGAGCAUUGAUGUGGAAGGAAAGAUUUUCCAGGCUGCCAAGGAUGCCGGCAUCUCCCUCCUCUCCAUCACACACAGACCCUCCCUGUGGAAGUACCACACUCACCUGCUGCAGUUCGACGGGGAGGGGGGCUGGCGCUUUGAGCAGCUGGACACGGCGACGCGCCUCUCGCUCACCGAGGAGAAGCAGCGGCUGGAGGCCCAGCUGGCUGGCAUUCCCGAGAUGCAGAAUCGCCUCAACGAGCUCUGCAAGAUCCUUGGAGACGACUCUGUCCUCAAAACAGCUGAGGAGUGAGGGUGGGGGAGGAGGAGGAAGAGGCCCAAGGGGGAGAUGAGAUGAGGAGAAAAGAAGAAGCUGGUGGGAGGAGGAGAUGUGAGGCUAUGAAAAACAAAGAAAUCAGUUUGUUAGUAGGCUUUUUUUUUUCUUUUUGCCCAGUUUGAUUUUUUUUCUUUCGCUCUGAGCCUCCCGUUAAAGCGUGAGAGCUCUCAAUGCCAGCUUGCCUUUGAGCUCUCCUUUCUCUCCUCCCUCUUCUUUUCAACCUCUCCUUUACAACGCUCCAAUCCGAGAAGUGGGGAGACUGAAGUGCAGUCAAAAAAGUAUUGUAAUGCACGCCGGCUGCAUCUUCAUUGGUAGAUUGUUUUUUUUUAAUGAUUGCUUUUAGCGUACAUAAUUGUCAGGAUCAAUCUGCUGCUGCUCAAAGUGGCACAAAUUAACCAAGACGAUGAAUUUGUUUGUUUUGUAGCACUUUACUCUGCUUUCAGAGGGCUGUUUGUGCUUGUCGUGGCAGCUCUGGGAGCUGCAUUUAGCUGGAAAAACCUUUUUAAAUGAAACCACUUUGGUGUCCAAAGCAGUAUUCCAGGCUUAGUACACGAGAUAUUUCCAGUUUCCACAGUUUAGCAGCAGAUUUUAGUUUUCCUGAACUUAAUGUUUAUAAAUUUGUUUCCAGAGCCACAGUACAAUCUGUUUCCUUAUAUCUCGUACUAGCCUUUGUUAGGUUGCACCCCCAUGAACCGCUGGUGCGGGCUCAGAUGCCGACUCUAUUAUUAGAACGAUUAGUGACGCAGGUCUGACUGCAGAACUAUAGGUUUCUGGUUUAUUGAACAAAUACAAUGAGAUAAAGAGGUCCAGUGAGGAAGAGCAGGCUGACGCUGCUACGAGAGGAUUUUUUUUUUUUAAGUAAACAAGCACACACACACACACACACACACACACACACAGAGAAGGGUGACAAAUUAAAGGAAAAAGCAGCAUUAGUAAGCUCACUCUACAUCAGAGUGUUUCAGCAUUGAGGCUAAGAGAUGCUAUUCAUUCGAGAUAUUUCCUGAUUUGGUGUUCAAUUUGAAGCUGGUUAUCUCAAACAUAGUAGACAAUAAGCAUUGAUAACAUUUGCCAGCCAAUGAAAGGAUGACUUCAUGUGAAUUUUGGUAAUGAUAAAUUGCACUCUGCUCAUCCAGUCAUGAAGUGUGUCUUUAAAUAGCCUACCAUAUUCCAGAUGAUGCUCCACAUUAUAUUAGUUUAUAAUUAUUAAGUUAUAAUACAUAGGCUGUUCAGACUUUGGUGCGACUAGUUUCUUUUUUUUUGGAAUUUCAGCCUCUUGACUGGUGGUUUUCCAGCUGGUGAUGAAGUCCUUCAUUGGUCACAUGUGAAGUUACUGAGAACAAAGAUGGAAAAUUGUGAUACUGUGAAACUAGUGAUUUUUUUUUCUGUUCUUGGAAAAUGAAUGACGUGGUCCUGUGUGAUGGCUGUAGCCUGCAGUUACAGCUGCUAAAGGUCCUUUGAACAUGCUCUCUUUUUGUGGUUUAAACCUGUGUAAAUCCUCCUGUUGGUGCAUGAACUGUAAACUGGACCUCCUCUGCCUUUCAGAUUGUGCUGAUUUAAAGGGGACCUAUUAUGCUUAUUCUCAUGUUUAGUCCUGGACUCUAAUAGGGUCGCUUUGGAUGAUUUCCAGCUUAAAAUAAUCCUUGGAUGUCUUAUACUGGGUCUGACAGACUGUUCAAGCUCCUCCCCCUUGGAGGCCACCCUCCCUUUGAGCCAACUUUCCUCUGAUUGGCUGCCCCGCACAAGCAAUCUGGAUACCCUGGUGGGUGGGGCUUUUGUAGGCCUGAGAUGACUAUAUAAGGAGAUCCAAGCUUAUUAGAAAGUGUCUGAAAUCAGAAAUCGGGUUUAAUAUGAGCUUCCCUCACCAUAACACUAUAAAUUUAUAUGACAGAAAAUAAGGAAAAGCAUCAUAGGUCCCCUUUUAAGAGAAGAGAUCCUAAGAUUUCACUUAAUGCACAUAAAUAUAUGAGUUAUUUUUCAUUUAUUCAGGCCUUACAGUGACACAAAAAACACCUAUUAAGUUUGGACUUCCUUUGCACCAUGUUAUGUCUCACUGUACGGCAAAUAAGGGCCAAACAGUGUCCAUUUCAUGCUUGACUAACUAGCACAUUCUCAUAAUACUCACUCCUCCUUGUUUAUAAUCCUGCUGUAUUGUUAAAAUGCCUCUGAUUGGUUAACAUUCCACCAUAUCGGUGUUAGUCUCAGAGAAUGACAAUCAAGUAUGUCAUCAGUAAGUGCACUGCUGUAUUUCAGACUACACACCAACUUGUUGGAAUCCUUACUUAUAUACCUUCUGAUUCUAAGUAUAUAAGUAAGCAGACAUUAUCUUAUGUGUAAUGAAACUUAUAAUGUAUAUUAUUGCAUUUGCAUGUCAGGAUUUUGCAAUUUGCCUGAGCCCAACUGCAUCCCUACCAUGCUUACAUGCCAGCUCUUUGCUCUGUCAGCACUGAACCCUCCCCUCUUGGCUUUUAGUGAGCAGUCAAAGAAAAGGACUUCAGAGCAUUGAAAUGCAGCGCUGCUCUGCUCAGGGUGAGGGCUGCCAGGUUACUGUAGGACAAACUUUUGUCCCCUCCAAAAAUGUGACUGGGAAGCAAUGGAUUUUAAAAUUUUGAGCCACUUCUUUCCUUUAAUAUCUAAUGGUACUCUCUGGGAUGUUCUCUUUUAAUAAAAUCUAGUGUUUUCUUCUGGUACAUGAGCGAGCGUCACGGGCAUCACCGCAGCCUUGCAAAAAUGGCAUUUCUGACCCCAAACACGAUCUCUUUGUUCGGUGGACUCUGUUGACUGGAGGGCACGCGAUCCGCUGAAUGACACAAGAGUCUGCCAAGUGGGACUGGAACAAUGAGGUUGGCUGACAGAAGUGGCUGAUAUAUUCACAGGCAUGGCAAGAGCUUUGGAAAUGAAGACAACAAAAACCCAAAUUUCUUGAAUGGAUGGGAGAAGAAAUGAUGAGGUGCUGUCUUCUCCUUUUAUCAAAUUUGUGCAUUUUUUGGACAUCAUUUUUUUGGACAUGAGUUGCAGUGUUUCAUUAUCCUCUAGUCAUCCUGCAACACUGAACCUAACUGAGGCUAAAACCUACUCUUUUACUGUUGACCAUUCAAAUUCACAGCUUGAGUGGAGUUAUCCAUAUGAAAGGGGCAGGAGAGUGAAAAAUAGUAUCUGCUGGACAUGUAAAAUCCUCCUGCUGGCAAAGACGUUCUGGCAACAGGGAGUGGGUGGUCACAGCUUGUUUCUGCUGCCCCCAUGUGGCUAAAAAAGUUAUUGCAGGUGCAGUAUUCACCAUUAUGUUGGUCCUGGUUUACCUGUGAACAUUUUCUCUAUGCUGAAUGUUGGGCUUGCGAGUGGGACCUCAUCAUUUCUUUCAACCCUCCAGAAACAAAAGGCCUUUGCAGUGGAUUUACUACACUGCAUAACUUUGACACUGAAACGUUCUCACCCCAUCUUUCAAUAAGAGAUUGAAUGUAAAUGAGAGAUUAUGUAUGAUGAAGCAAGUUCUAAGACACUGGAUCAUACGAGUUUCUUCUUUCUUAAUAACCGGUCAUUUUAUAAUUGUGUUAAUGGUGCAUGCUAUUUCAUUUUAUUAGAGCCACAAUGUGGUGUUACAUUUCAGAUCUGCUGUAGAGUGUGGUGCGUGAACUGGAGUUAUUGGAAAGGCCAUUUUCAUGUUAUUCCAUGGCUACAGGGCAGCCAAAUUAAUAUUUUCAACAGUGUCACAAAUGGAAAGAUGAUUAUGUGUAAGUUUUAGAAUGAUAUUGUAGUUUUUGGAGAUAAUAUCAGGCUGCCAUGUACCACAGACCAGCAUGCAUUGAUUCUUCCUUAAAGCCAGGGAUUACUACACUUUGGAGUUAAUUACAUAAUUGCUUUAAAGUCAUAAUUACUUUAAAGAGAGCUCUCCCACACCGGUAGUUCUUUUGUACUUUCAGUAACAGUAUCCCAGACCUUAUUUGUUGGGAUCUCAUAUGAUGUAUGUGUAGGAAUCUGUGUUCUUUAAACCUGAACAGCAAGAGAGCUGGAGCAACAUAAAGGUCAUCAAAUCAAAAUUCAUAUACUAAAGGUUGAAAGAUGAAGAUGUAUUUUCUUGUAAAUAAAACAAUA